AGUAACAGGAGUGGCUGGAGGAGGGAGGACUGUGUGCUGACUGGAGAGGGAUACAGAAAACUCAUUUAUCCCUCUGAGCUCAGAUAAACACACAGACUGACUGCAGAGAACCUAUCGACACGGGAGCCGGGGCCACACACAGUGUCCUCAUGGUGACAGAGGAGCCAGCAGUCAGUGCCUCUGCCAUGGAGAGGAUAUUACCACGGCUUCUCUCCCCAUCCCCCCAGGAGGUGCAGCAGUGCGUAGAGCAGCUGAUGAGCGAGGUGCAGAGCCGCUGUGAGGAACUCCUGGAGGCUUUGGUAAAAGACACACGGUGCAGCCAAUAUUUAGCUGCUCUAUGCAGCCAGUUGGAGACACCCAAUGUCAGACUAUGCAGUAACAUUGCCUACAUUCUGGGAACAGUGGCAGAAGAUGCUGCAGUGGCUGAAAUGCUGGUGGAUCUAGCAGAAGGUGCGUCAGAAUGGGAUCUGCUGGGGAGACUGGGGGCCAUGCUGCAGUGGGAGGAUGCAGAAGCUGUUAUGAAUGCUGCUGGAGCCCUUGGAACACUGGCAGAGAAUGGUAGCGGGAGGCGAUGGCUGCUGUCCUCUCCAGAUUCUGACUUCAUUAUUGAGAACAUCAUGAACCUCCUAAACUCCCCAAGUGAUUGGACAGCCAGUAACUGUGCCUUGGUGCUCGCUCGCAUCUCUAUGUGCCAUGAAGGCUGCUCCCGGCUACUAGAUCACCCAAAAUCGGACAUGAUAUUGAGGAAAAUCAUUAUGUCACUACAUGCAGAUGAAGCAGGCUGUGGACUGAAUGCAGCAUUUACUCUUGGACGUCUCUGUGACUCUGACACUGGGAGGAGGCGCGUGCUGAGCCUACCAGAAGCUGACAUGGUGGUCUCUGCACUGGAUGCCAUGAUGUCUGAAGGAGAUGCCGGAGGGAGUAGGAAUGCCUGUUUUGCUAUUACUUGCCUAUCUACCAGCCAGGCUGGCCACCAGCACGUCUUGAAGAGCGAAGGCUUCCCCCGCGCUUUGGAUACGCUCUGUCACCUCUUGCAGUCUGCAGAACAGGAGUCCUGCUGGUUUGCAGCUAUAACCAUAAAGAUGCUAUCCAAGUAUCCUCCUGGUGUGGUGCGACUCCGCCAGCAUCCGUCUUUGGAGGCUGUUCUUAAGAAUGUUGCAGCAUCACAUACAGCUGGAACAGAGUUGUUGGAAGAAGUGGAGAUGACAUUACAGAACCUCCAGCGCCUCCCCCGGCCUUCCCCGCCUAUAGCAAAGAUCCUGGAGUCUGGCUCAGUAAUGGUGGGUUGGCAGGACUAUAUUCCCCGCAGUGGCCUCCCCCUCACUUAUAGUCUCUUUGAUGGCGAUAAACUUCUCUACCGGGGACCUUCCUUCUCCUAUGUUAUCCCACACUGCAAACCUGGACAGCACCAUCUUAAACUAGUCAUGGAAACAGAAGGAGAUUGUAGCCCAGACAGUCCAAUCACCACUGUGACAGUGGUGGAGCCAACACCUGGAUGCCCAACAGGAUUUCAAGCUGUGGGUCACACAACCACCAAGGUGAAGCUAAGCUGGAACCCACCACUGGACUCCAGCACAUACGUUAAAUAUUAUGCAGUAUAUCGAGACGACAUCCUGGUGGAAACCACAACUCACCACACCUGUAUUGUGGCAGGUCUGUCGCCUUCCACUAGUUACACAUUCAGUGUUUGCUCCUGCAAUGCCAGAAACAACAGCCUGAAAGUUUCAUUGGUAACAAGGACGUUGGACAGAGGAAAUCAUGCUCCAGAUAGGCUGACAGUCUAUGUCAUAGGUCGGAGUGAACUUUUUAUUACAUGGGAGGUCCCCAAAGAUCCUAUUGGUAGAUUUUUCAACUAUGAACUCAGCAUGAAUGGGAAGUCAGUUUACCUUGGUACAGAACGCUCCUAUGCAGCACGGCGCCUUACCCCCAACACCGAAUACACUUGCAUCGUCUGUGCCAUCACCAGUGAAGGUCGCUAUGACAGUCGCCCUGUCACCAAGCGCACUGCCAAGGAUGAGUACAGCAAUCUGAACAAAAACCAGACUGGGAGCAACCGACACACUAGCAAUUCACCUACCCCAGAGGGAACUGAACGAAGUGAGAGACAGCCCCGCAGUGAGGGUAUAAGGAGGAAUUCUCUCACUAAGAACCAAAGUGUCCGGCUAGUCAUACAGACCAGCAAGUCAAAAGGAGACGGUAAAGUCCCCACGACUAGAUCCCGGAGAGAGUCUGUGAUAUCCUGUUCUACAGAAUCAAGUGAGGAUCCUACAGGAUCUCCAACUCAGCCUUCCUCACCUUGUGAUAUACUAUUACCGAGCAGAACAAUAGACAAGAAUGUCCAAAAUAGGAAAAUCAGGAAUAGCGUGGAUCAAGCUGAAAAUCAUCAUGAGAAAAAGACAGCAACACCACUGAGAAGAAAUUCUAUGCCUGCAAAGCAAUACCCACUGAAAUCCUUAGACGGCAUACCUCCCAUUCAGCCUUAUCUGUCAUCUGAUGCCAGGAAAGCACAGAGUGCGCUGGGAUUCAGACUGACACCCAUUGCAUCUCUCUGCAACUUGGACCAAGAAUUUAUUCUACACCAAAGAUCUAAGACUGAGAGUGAACUGGUACUGCCUGCACCCAAGGAUAAGCAAAAUUAUCCAGCUCUCAGCCCAGAUUCCUCAAGGACCACAGACAGAGAAAGAAGUUCUCAAGGCUCCAAAAAUGCAUUGCAACCAGUAAGAGAUCCUAUAGUCAGGUACAGACACAGGAUCCAGAAGGUCAACUUUUGGGACCUCAGUGGAGAAAGUGGAAAGUUUUGUAGCUUUUCUAGCAAGUGUUCUCUGAUCUCUGACGAGGAAUCACACUUAUCUCCCACUUCCAAGAACAUGCAACAAAAAGAUAAAUUACUGGCACAUGCUGAAGGGAUUCGGGAGAGCAGACACCACCCAGUGCUGUCACUGCAGUGUUUAAAGAACACGGGAGGGAAAUCUGAACAACACAGGAGGAAAGGAUCACUAUCAGAAAGACUUCACAAGGACAUACAAGCAAUUAUUGGAGAAUCUGGGGUGACAUUCCGGCUCCCUCCUCCCCCCAGUAUUGUUCCGCAGAGAGUACGUCCCCACCACUAAUUACAGGGGGACUUUCCUUUCUUUGGAUGGAUAUCAGACUGACUCGUAGCCAAAGCCACAGGACCUCCUCUGAGUUGGGACCUUGCACCUAUAAUUUUAUCAUUACUUAAAACCCACACUACCGGGAAUGAGCCACCUUCCCGGUCACCAGUGGAAAAAAGAUCAAUGUGUCAUUCUGUACAUGCUGAAAGGGAAAAAUUGGUGACUGGCGCCACUAACUGUCCCACCCUAUCAUUACAGAAACAAAGGCCGGGUAGUUUUACAGGAAUUAAUAACUUUUUAUUCAUACAAUCCUUAUAAAUUACCAGCAGGCUAUAAAAUGUAAAUCCGUAAGGCAUCCCGGAUUACAACUUUUUUUUUUCUUUUAAAGGCAAAGAACUGUAUUUUCAGUGAGUUUGUAUUUUAAGGUUUUUUAAUUAUUAAUCUGAAGGCAACUUUUUAAAAAGAGAUUAAUUGCAUUUUUACUGAUUUUCAUAAGAGUUUUAUUUAAAGUGGUUGUAAACGCUUACAUAUACCCGAUGAAGUGACUGGCCUCAGGUGAUACACAGAGAUGA